AUGGACCAGCGCUCCUUCUGGUAUCUGCUUUCUAGCGCGAGGGCUGCCAGCAUAUCUAAUGGCGAGAAUCCCCACAUCGGGAUUCAACAUCGGGGUCUGCAUUCGCAGGAUGGUCGCAAUGGGGGAUUUGCGGUGAUGCUGAUCUCUGAUCUCAGACUAUACUGGUCUGGCAAGAUUUCGUUCUACACAGGUGGAUGCUUCGGGGUUUGUUUCGUAAGUGAAGUGGGAGGCUGGGUGUAG